UUUAAAUAAUAUUCAUGGCUAAAUUAGCGUUGAAAUUUUGUGGGAAACAUUAUUUAAUUAUAUUUCAUAUGUAGAUAAUUUUAUAAUGAGUAAAAUUUAAAUCCUUUGAUUAAUCAGUUAAUUUUGGAAUGGUGUCUUCCUUUAAUAUUCGAGUUUUCAAAAAGGAUCAUCAUCAGUUAUAUCAUCAUAAAAAAUUAAAAUGGAACAAGAAAUUGGUACUUGGGAUUCCGUUUUACUUGAAAAUAUAUCUGAAGACAAUUUCAUAAGUAAUUUACAUCAACGCUACAAACGGGAUCAUAUAUAUACAUAUAUUGGAACAUCCCUGGUAGCAAUUAAUCCUUAUCGACAGUUAUCACAUUACUCUCCUGAUAUUGUUCAUGCUUAUGGAAAUAAAGGGAUUUUUCAACUUUCACCGCACAUAUUCGGAAUAGCAAACUUAGCUUAUCAAUCAUUGACAAAUCAAAGCGAAGAUCAAUGUGUCGUUUUGACAGGUGAGAGUGGUUCAGGCAAGACUGAGUCAUUCAAAAUGAUAUUGCAGUUCUUGACACAAAUUCAAGAAACUAAUAGAUUGAAAAUAAAACACCAAAAUUGUGGUAGAAGACGGGGUUCAAGUUCGUGUCCAGCAAAUAGUGGUCAUAGUGGGCAAACUUCAAGAUCUAAUUCAAGACCAAAUUCCCGAUCGAAUUCAAGGCCUUCGACACCAAAACCCAAUCAAUCACCAGUUUUAAGUGACAAAUCUGUAAAUGUUUUGUUAAAAGCUAGGUCAGAAAGUUCAGAUCGUUCUUCAAGCAAGAGAUACUCCAGAGAAAAAAUGGUAGAUUUCGAUUUUUCACAUCACAAGAGUUCGGAAAAUAUAUCUACACAAUGUGGAUCAAUUGGUUUAUCAAAGCAAUAUCAUCAUCCAUCUACAACAUCAAUAGCUACCAUGACAACUCCAACAACCACGAACGCCAUAGUGCCAAAAUCUUGCUUCAAGCAUAAUCAUAUUGAUUCAAUGGGCCGCUCAAAAACUUUAACUACCGUUGAUUAUUGUUUGAGGAAAUCAAGUUGUGAUUUAUCGAAAAAUUCAUCAUUAUUAGCAGUCACAGCCACGCCUGUGAGCAAGUACAAUGAAAAUGUCAUUAUUGUUCCAAACAAAUCUGUAACUAGUAUGAAUGCGUGUUGCGCUAAAUCAUUAUUAGGGCAAGAAAUUCGUUCAAAAUCUUUACCUCACCAACACAAUUGCUCAAAAGAUAGCGGAAAUGUUGUUCAUCACGUAAAGUGCUUACGUCAAAAGAGUUUAGAAAUAAAUGAUGACGGUCAAAGCUCAAUUUUAUCUUCAAAUACAAAUACAACAACAGCAAGUAUACAUUGUAGUACAACUUCAAUACCGAUUACUGUAUUGAAGUCAACAAUGCGCAAUACAAUAACUGAUUCUCAUAAUAUUGUGCACCGUGGAAGUUGUGUUAAUUUAUGCCGGCAGCAACAGCAACAGUUAUCUUCUUCUGGACAUGGAUCAAUGGGUGAUGGUAGUCGGGAUGGUAGUAAUAUUAGAAGUGCCUGUAGUAAUUCUCCGUUUGUACAUGGGGACCCAUACAGACUAUCGUCAAGAAUAUCUUUGAUUGAUGCUCACAAAUUGGGAUUGAAAUUUGUAGAGCGCGAACAAGCAACGUCUAAAACAAAGGUAUCAGGAAAUCCAAGUUAUAUUUAUUUACAUAAAGAUUGGCUGGAAACGAGCAAAGUACAAAAACUACGAGAUCGUGUAAUAAACGCAACGGUAUUUUUAGAAGCUAUGGGAAAUGCAACAACAUCAAAAAAUUCCAAUUCAAGUCGAUAUGGAAAGUUUUUGGAUAUAGAAAUUGAUUUUAGAGGAGAUCCAAUUGGAAUCCAUAUAACACACUUAACAAAUAUUAAUAAUGGGGAAAGGAAUUUUCAUAUAUUCUAUCAGUUACUACAUGGUGCUGAUAUACAAUUUUUGAAAUCUUUAAAAUUGUAUCGGAACAUAGAAAAGUAUGAACUUUUGAAAAAUACUUCAGCAACCGAAGAUGAUAAAGCCUGUUUUUUAUUUUCUAAAAAAUCAUUGGAAAUUAUCGGCCUAGCAUCGGAAGAAAUUAUUUCAAUAUUCCGAGUUUUAGCUGUGGUGUUGAAAUUAGGGAAUUUCAUAUUUGUCCCUAUUACGAAUAUUGAUGGAACGGAAGGAUGUCAGGUUUCAAAUGAUUAUGAAUUAGAAGAAACAGCCCAGCUUUUGGGUUUGGAUGAAAAUAUAUUAUUACAUUGCCUUACUAGAGCUAAUACUCCAUGUGCUAGAGGACAUGAAGAUAACGGUUCAGAAUUGGAUGCCAGACAGGCGUCAUCAAUACGUAAUACGUUAUGCAGAUCAUUGUAUAGCCGAUUAUUUACUUGGCUAGUUAAUCGUAUUAAUGAGACUUUAAAAUCUAAUCAGAGAGAAAAAAACUUAGCUUUAUUAGAUUUUUAUGGUUUUGAAAUUUUAGAAUUAAAUUCUUUUGAACAAUUUACAAUAAACUAUUGUAUGGAAAAAAUACAUCAGCAUUUUGUUCAAAAUGUAUUAAAAUUGGAGCAAGAGCUCUAUAUUAGAGAGGGUUUAGAAUGGAACAGAAUUGAUUUCUUUGACAAUGAAACAAUAUGUGAAUUAAUUGAUAAACCUAAUUAUGGUAUUUUGAGCUUGUUAAAUGAAUCGCACAUAAACAAUGAUGAAGCGUUACUUGUAAGAAUACAACAAUGUUGUGCCGGGCACCCAAAUUUUUUAACAUGUGGUCCAACAAAAACAUCAAUGUCAUUCAAAAUUCGUCAUUUUGGAAAUGUUGUAACUUAUUCAAUUCAAGGAUUUUUGGAAAAAAAUUCUGAUACUCUACCAAAAAAUAUUAGUGGCGGAUUAUACCAAAGUAAAUUGUCCUUAGUACAAAGUCUUUUUCCAGAAGGCAAUCCCAAACGUUCAUCCAAAAAGCCAACCAGUUUAAGUUCAAACUUACGAACUCAGUUACAAACUUUACUGUCUAUCGUUAAAAAUCGGCGUAACCAUUACGUCUUUUGUAUAAAACCAAAUGAAACCAAGCAACCACGAGUUUUCGAUAUGGCUUUGGUACAACACCAAGUUCGUUAUAUGAGCUUGAUGCCUCUAGUUAACUUAUGUCGUAAUGGACAUUGCUUUCAUUUAACCCACGCUAAAUUUUUUAAUCGUUAUAAACUAUUAAAUAACUUAACAUGGCCGCAUUUUAUUCAUGGGAGUACCAUUGAAGGUAUAGCGCUGAUAAUACGAAGCGUACCAUUGCCAUCAGCUGAAUUUACGAUUGGGUCGAAGCAUGUUUUUGUCCGCAGUCCUAGAACAAUUUACGAAUUGGAAGAGUUCCGUAAAACAAGGUUAGACGAUUUAGCUACUCUCAUACAAAAGACAUUUAGAAUGUACGUGAGAAGGAAAAGUUUCAAGAAAUUACGUGAAAGUCAAAUAAUUAUUUCAAGUGCCUGGAGAACGUGGAGGGCUCGUGACGAAUAUCGAACAAUGAAGUAUCAGAAACAGUUGGAAUGGGCCGUUAAAAUAAUUUUUGACUACUAUCGUAAAUGGAGAAUACGAAAUUAUUUUUUAACAUUACCGUUACGUCUUCCACCUAAUACAUUAAGUCCAUUAUCAUUAGAAUGGCCAUCUGCACCAAAAUUUUUAUUAGAAACUAGUCGCUUGUUGCGGAGCAUAUAUCACAGAUGGCGCUGUUAUAUAUAUCGUAGAUCAUUUGAUCAGACAUCAAGAAAUCGAAUGAGGGAGAAAGUCACAGCUAGCAUUAUAUUUAAAGAUAGAAAAGCAUCAUAUCCAAGAAGUGUUGGUCACCCGUUUGUUGGUGAUUAUGUCCGGCUAAGACAUAAUUUGCAAUGGAAAAAAUAUUGUAUGGAAACCAAUGACCAAUAUGUCGUGUUUGCAGAUAUUGUAAAUAAAAUCACACGAUCAAAUGGCAAAUUUGUUCCUAUAUUAUUAGUAUUGUCAACUUCGUCAAUGUUGUUAUUAGAUCAAAGAACGCUGCAAGUCAAAUAUCGAGUGCCUGCUGCUGAAAUUUAUCGGAUGUCUUUAAGUCCAUAUUUGGAUGAUAUUGCUGUUUUUCAUGUCAAAGCUUCGGAACUUGGCCGAAAAAAAGGAGAUUUUGUAUUUCAAACUGGUCAUGUAAUUGAAAUUGUCACAAAAAUGUUUUUAGUUAUUCAAAAUGCAACAGGGAAACCCCCUGAUGUACACAUUAGUACAGAAUUUGAAGCAAAUUUUGGACAACAAACUGUCAUAUUUACAUUUAAAUAUGGCGGCAUUUCUGAAUUACCCCAAGGACAACCAAAAGUUACGAGGCGUGGGAACCGAAUGGAAAUUGUUGUUUGAUCUUCAUUUGAUUAUUUUUCAUGUCAUAAGCGCUAAUUUUCAAUAUAACUUUAGUUAAAAAAAAUACAACUUAGGAAAUUUAUAUAUAGAAGAAAAUAAAAAAAAAACAAAUAAUGAAAAAAAAAAAAACAAAUGUACCUAAAGUUAAUUGGCCAAUUAUAAAUGAAUGAACUGUAAAUGCCAAAAUUAUAAUACAAAAUUAAAAAGAAUUACUUAUCUGAAAAUUAAUUUUUUGAUAAAAAAUUUUAAAAUAAUGCAAAUGUAAAAUAACAUAAUAUUUAAAACUCUAAUUUAAUAACACAAGCAAAAGAAUUUUACUACACAAAUAUUUUAAUUCACAUUUUUUUAAAUGAUCAUAUGAUCAUAUGGCCGAAUAAAUUUGGAUAAUUAUCAAUUAAAAAUUAAAAUUCUAUAAAAAAAUUUAAAUUGACAAUAAUAAAGAGGCAUUAUUCAUAUCACAAUUAAUCAAAAUCAAUAAUUAAAUAUUUAUUAUAAAAUAAGAAAUAAAGUCUCAAAUUUGGCAAUUAAUGAAGAAAGAGUGUAGUCAAAAUUGUUGGCACUAUAUUCCUUCUAUUUAUCCUUAAUAGAAUUACCCAUUUUUAUUUGCAAUAUAGUUUUUACUGUUGUUUCUUUCCCAAUAUUUGACAAUCAUUUCCCCCUUAAUAGAUAAAAUACUUUGUAAAAUAAAAACUGCUCAACGUAUAUCGUAUGAAAUAUUUUUAUGAACUAGUAUAAUACAUAUAUACUUAUAUAUUUAUAGGCAUGCAUAUAAUAUAAAAAUAAAAUUGUUAAUCGAAGAAAUUGUUCUACUGAAAAUAAAAUAUUAAAAAUAGAUACAUACAUAUAUUAAUUCUAUGCAAAGCAUUUCAACAGUGUUAGUACGCCAGUUAUAAAAUGGCGAAAAAAUCUCAUACUAUUAAAACACAGUAUUUUAGAAAACUAUUAUAAAUACAUCUUAACAAAAUGUUAAAAAAGGCUGUCAAAGAUCUUUUAUUAAUUAUGUAAGUGAGAUUUCUAUGUGAUAACUGAAAUUACCACAGUUGCAAGAUCAGAACCGAUUGCGAUAAUAAACUGCUCCUAGAGUAAUUGAACUAACUCCAAUCGAUUUAUGAAAAAAAUCUUGCACUAAGAUUAAAUCAUCUUGGAAAGGAAAGUUAUAUAGAAAACUUAUUUAGUAAAAAUACAAAUUUGAAUAAAAAAUUUAUUGGUCAUUUAUAUAAUGCUUUUUUUUUUAUUAAAUAAAAAAUUAAUUUUUAUUUUAAUUGAAUCUUAUCUGUUGGCAUUUAAACUAAAAAUGAAUGUUAAGAAAAAAAAUAUUGAAAGUUCAUGAAGAAGCAUUUUUUUCAUGAAAAGCUUAAAUCAUUUAUUUUAAUCAAAAAUAAUAAGAGAAGUUUUUUUUUAAAUCAAUAACCGAAAUUUAGGAAAAUAAUGAAAAUUAAAUUGUUUUAAUUGUUUUUAAUUAAAUGAAAAAAAAAGACAAAUAUUUUUGGAAGAAUCGAAAAAAAAAGUUUUAUAACAUAUCGGUACUAAAGAAGAUGUUUUCCUUUUUAAUAAGAAAAUAUUAAUAUGUGCAAAUCAAAAAUAUUUUGUAAUGUAGUUAACUAUGAUAAUAUUAUAUUAUAUACGAAAAACUAAAAAUGAUUUGUAAGCUAAGAAUAAAAUUAAGCAAAAAAAAUUAAAUAUAAUUAAAGAAAAUUAGUUUUUAAUAACGAAACUUAAUUGAUUAUUUAUAAUAUUUCAUUUUAUAGAAUUAAGCUAGAGUUGGGUUAGAUUAACUUGGUUGUUGAAAUCAAAAAUAUUCGAGAUGUUAAGAAAUUGUUGGACUAAUUCGUUUGCUUUUUAAAAAUUGUUUACGGGCAACCAUAUCCAUAAUAUUUUAAUGUUAAAUUUUUUUUUUAAAUUCCUAAUUUUCGGUAAACAACUUCAUUGUGAAUUUUAUAUUUACUUUUUAAAUUAAAUUUUUAUGAUUUAAUUUAUUGUUAUCUAGAGUUUUCUUACCAAAUUAAUAUUAGCCAACUUUUUAACAUUUCUUAAUGACAACAAAUACUGAAAAUAAAAACUAAAAACAAAAAAAUAAUUUUAUAUUUAUGCAAAUAAAGAGUUUAUGUUUUCAAAUUUUCAUAUUUAAAUAAAAUACUCAUAAUGUUGUCGGUUCUUCCAUUAUAAUUUUAGAAGUGUUAAUCUUCUUUUUUUUUAAUUGUACAUCAAUAAAAAGUCUUAAUUAUUUCAGGGAAUUGAAACAAAAUAUUUCAAUUUUUAUUCUUAAAAAUUUUUUUAUAAUUUUAAAGAAAUAACGUUAGUGGUUUCAAAGCUAAUAUUAAUAUCUUAUGUGCCAUUGUUCAGAAUAGCGUGUAAGUUAACAUUCAUAUAUACGUUAAUAAGAACAUUCAUAAUAUAUAAAUUAGAUAACAUUUUUUAGCACUAAGUAAAACAAAAAAAUUAUUACAUUAAAUUUCUAUUUCAUUUUGCACAAUAUUGAAAAUUCUUUUGUUUUCGUUUGAAACUUGUCUUUAACAUAAGUACAUACAUAAAAUGUAAAUGGUAUUUGCAAUGUGUUUUUAAUAUUCAGGCGCCGCAUUUAUUAAAAUUAUUAAUUAUUAUAGCAUAUCAUCCACAAAAUACCAUUUCAAAAGUUGACUUUAAAUUUUCAUCUAAACUGCUACAAUCUAAACUACUUUUAAGAAUUUCAUAUUACAAAUUUUUAAGCGGAAGCCCUACUAAAAAAUGUUUUUUUUUUCACUAAAAUAAUAUAUUGUUCUUGAAAUUUUAAAUUGAGUAUAGUGUGCAACAUUAAAUAAUAUUAAUUUGAAUAUGGUUUAGAUUUUUUUAUCCUCAAUUAAUAAUUAAAAUCAAAUAAUUGUUUAAUUUUUAUUGUUUUUAUUGUUACAAUACAAGUUUUAAAUUGAAAGUUUUUGAACAUUUGGAAGCCGCAAAUAUAUACUAUACUAUACUACUGAGAAUUUUAAAUAAAAUUUUUACCAACAAAAUAUUCCACCAGUAUUAAUUUAUUUAUUAAAAUUAGUAUUCUAAAAUCAAAUGAAAUUAUGUUUUGUCAUUGUAAUUAGUAUUUUGUUAUUUGAAAAGUUUUGCACUUAAAAAAAAAAAACAGUGGCCUGUACAAAAAAAAAAGGAAACUAUUAAUAAAUAUUCCCUUCCUGAUAAGGCAAAAUAUUCUAUUGCAAUGCUAUUAACUCUUAGAUAAUAAGUAAAAUUAAAAUUAAAAAAAAAAAAAAUAUAUCGUUGCACUUUAAAGAAUUUUUAAAAUAGCUAUAAGAUCUUAUAAAAUAUAUUAUAUAUAUCAUAUAUGUAUAAUUAUGCUGAUAUAAAAAUUUUAUAUACAUAUAUACAUAUAUAUGCAUAUAAUUCAAUAAAAUCAAUUUAUGUACAUAUAUAUAUUAUAUAAAUAUAUAUCAGAAAAUUAAGAAAUAUUUAUUUAAACUCAAAAACAAUUUUCAUAUUCU